UAACAUCCGAUUAGUACCUUAACUGAACCCACCAAGUCUUCCCUCAUCAUUACUCACAAGUCACAUCUAAUUAAGCUGGUGUGAUAGUUAUAGAUUUUUAGACGUUAGAAGAUUGUUCUUUUUUUCUCUCAGCACGAUCAAUCUUUUGAGGAAAUGAUUGCUAACUUAUUAUGAAGGGGGUCUAUCUCUGUAAAAAUCUCAUGUUAUAGUAUGUGCUUUCAUUGUUUUUAGGAUUCCAUAAAUAGUUCGUUUCUUGUGUGUAAUUCAAGUUAUUAACUAUGUAUAUGUACAGAAGCAAUGAAACACACAAAAGGAAUAAUAUAUGCAUAUUAUAUGCACAUGGAAGAAAAGAGGAAGAAGUUAUAGGCAAGAAAAUGAAAUGAUUAUAAAUGAUCCACCACCAAAAGCAAGACAUGAUUUUCUUGCCUGACACGAUCCUCUAUGCUCCACAUUAACUAAAACACACAUUUAUCUAUAAAACAAACCUAUCCGUCUCUCUUUUUGCAUCUCUUUGGAUUGAAUUUAUAUAUAAUUGGUCGGCGACGACUCUGCUUCUCAAUAGAGAAAGUUACGUCUUGAGUCUUGACAGAUAAGAUGAGCGGGAGCACCACCGGCGGUGGAGGUCCGUGCGGCGCAUGCAAGUUUCUCCGGCGGAAAUGCCUGUCGGAAUGCGUUUUCGCUCCAUACUUUGACUCGGAGGAAGGGACGUCUCAUUUCGCGGCCGUGCACAAGGUUUUCGGGGCGAGCAACGCCUCCAAGCUCCUCAUGAUGAUUCCGGAGAGCCGAAGAUUGGACGCCGUAGUCACGCUUUCUUACGAGGCAUUGGCUAGGCUUCGCGACCCCGUCUACGGAUGCGUUGGUCACAUCUUCGCCCUUCAACACCAGGUAAUGAAUCUACAGGCGGAGUUGGCUGACGUACAAACUCAACUCUCAAGCUUACAAGGCCUUGGUCAGGGGAAUCCUCAAAACAAUUCAGCGACGACAGAAGCAGCCUCUUCAUUUAAUGCGCCACUCAUUGCUUCUGUCGUGGAUAACAAAAGCAAUACUGUGUCAUCGUCGUCGUACUCGUCGUCACACAUUAAUUGUAUGCAACGACAAGAACAAAAGGAAGAGUCGAGAGAGUCGGUGGAUCUGAGCACAUUGUUAGGCCUGGAAGAUCCAGCAGAAGAGGAUGGUGAUCUCAACGCUCUUGCCCGUGAGUUCGUCUCUAAGUAUUUGACCGGAGGCCAAUCUUCUCCGAUCUAAACAAUAAUAUGUUAUUAGUAAUUAGGGAUCUCUUCUUGAUAUUUUGUACUAACCAAUAUAAAAUAGGGCGUUAGUAGGA